GCUGAUUUGCCGAAACUUUUCACAUCAGUUUGAAUAUUACAAAAAACAGCGAACAAGUUUCUUUGACAAGUUGCAGAUUAAUAAGACAGUGUUCAUUUAUGUCUAUAUUGGCUGACACAUAAUAAACAAGAAACGUUGGGAUUCUCGUGGACAUGGGCUGCGGAUGUAGAAAAUCCAUAAGCGCGUUACUCGCCGCCAUCAACAUCUGUUGCGUCUUCCUGGUCCUCAUUGCUUUCCCUCGCUUGUUUCCGAGGAAACAAGUUUUGGAUACAGCACAUACAUGUGAUAUUGUGGCUAUGAAAUCAAACCAGAAAAUACCGGCGUUACCAAGCAAUGAAGCGCCCUCCAACAAAUGUUCCAAGGUGAGAAACCUCGCCUUCCUGAAAGUACACAAAUGUGGCGGCUCAACAAUAGCCAAUAUCUUACAACGCUUUGUCACGAGGAACCAACUUAAUGUAGUUCUUCCCAACAAGGACACGUGGUCAUAUGGUUUCAAUCACCUGGGGAUUAAUCGGAAUUUCACAAUGAAGUCGGUGAUUCCGAUUCCUCGGAACGAGACGUAUAACGUUAUAUGCCAUCAUGUCGAGUACAACAGGACUAUGUUCAAAAAGCUUCUACCAGAGGAUGCACCAUUUUUCGCCAUUGUUCGAGACCCGGAAGAAAGGUUUGUUUCCGCUGCGUUCUACUAUCAACUUGUGAAGGAUCUUAAAAGGAAGGUUAAAGGUUUUAACAGGACAAACUACAUAUUUACUGAAUGGUUAAAAAAUCCACGGAAGUAUACAAGUGCUAUAGAAACUAGUAAUCAUAUGGCGUAUGAUUUUGGCAUUUCGGAGAUGUAUUUCCAUAACAGUAGUUAUGUCGACGAGUAUAUUCGAUCACUUGACUCCGAUUUCGACUUUGUGUUACUCAUGGACUAUUUUGACGAAUCUCUGAUGCUUCUGCGUCGCAAGCUGUGCUGGAGCAUGAAGGACAUGGUUUACCUCAGAAGUAACAGUGGAAAAAAUAAAGUGGAUUUCGCUUUGAGUGAGGAUGACCGGAAGCUGUUGAGGAAGUGGCAAAUGGCGGACGUCGCCAUCUUUGAGCAUUUCCGUGCCCGGUUCUGGCGUCAGGUGGAGUCGGAGGGGAGGGAGUUGUUCCAGGAAACGGCGUUCUUCAAACAGAUCCUGAGGAGGGUCCGCGACUACUGCAAGUACGGGAAGUUGCGAUGGCCGUCGGUGGACAUUGCGUCCUCGUCCUGGAGUGAGUCCUUCAACGUCACUGUGGAGGACUGUAAACAGAUGGAAACUGGGGAGCUUGAGUUUGUUGCCAUGCUUCAGAAAUCCGCUUGGGCUAAAUAUAACGCUUCAUUGACAAGAUCUUAAUUGAACUACAUAGUACAGCCACAGGCCCUCGUGUCUUUGCGAGGAUUAAAGAUGUUAAUAAAGAUAUAACAUUUGAGCUGACCCCCGACUGGAAAUGCUUCACAGUACAAUACAUUAGGACAAGGCCUUGUCAUAAUGUAUUGUACUGUGUAGCAUUUCGAGUCGGGGGUCAGCUCAAAAAAAUUUUUUUUUAAUCUUUAAUCUUCGCAAAGACACGACGACCUGUGAGUACAGCUAGAUAAUUGAUAGUGCAAUGUUCAGAGAGGACAAGAAUUCAAUCCAUGAUAAAUCGUCCCCAUCAGUGCUUAGUCUAUAGAAAUAAGUCUUGUUUGAUGUCCGUGUGGAUUUGGUGGACGUUGAUUUUUGCCGAAUGUUUCUACUACAGAUUGUCGGCCAAUAGUGGGUGUUAGGAAAUUUCUACCAAGUUCGGAAAUAGCCAAGCUGAGACAGAUAUGGAAGUACGCUUUCUCUUCGUGUGUUGUUUUGGCCAUAACAAUGACUCAGCUGUUAUUGCCUUUUGUCAUUAAAACAUGUGAUAUCAU